GUUUCAACAGUCAUCGAUGAGUCAUCGGUGUAAAGUUUUCACGAUCCUAUUGGACAGCGUGGAUUAUGACGUGCUCUCUGAUUGGCCAGCUAGGCAACAGCGAGGACGACGAAAGCAAGCAGCGUAAAAUCCCGAGGAAGUCCAAGUUGUCCUAGUUGAUAGAAACAUCCAGGCGCGUAUAUUUCCGUGCAGGCUGAGUAAAUUAAGGGGGUGUGCAGCUGCGAUGCCAGCCCAGCCUGCUCUGCGUGAAGCAGAGGAGGAGAUGGAGACGGAGCAUGACUCUGAGGUGCCUCACGCAAACGGUGAGACAGAGGAGGAGAGGGAGCGUGAGGGAGGAGAGGCAGAGGAGACUAUGGAAGAGAGUGGAGAAGAGAGAGAAAGUGACCUGGAGGAGAGCGAAGCAGAGGAAGAGGAGGAGGAAGAAGAGGAGAGUUCAGAGAUUGAUGACGAAGAUUGUGAAAGGAGAAGGAUGGAGUGUCUGGAUGAGAUGUCUGAUCUGGAGAAGCAGUUCCUGGAACUCAAAGAAAAAUUAUUUCGUGAGAGGCUGGACCAGGUGAAAGUGAAGCUGGAUGAGGUGCUGACAGGAAAAGCAGGAGAGUACAGAGAGCCGCUGGCCACACUUCAGAAAAACAUGCAGCUGCGCACUCAGGUAGCAGGUGUUUACAGAGAGCUGUGCCUUCAGGUGAUCCAACACAAGCACGAGUGUGAGAUACAGGGCGCAAAACAACAUCUGGAGAGCGAGAGGAUCCUGCUGUUCGACACCAUGAAAACGGAGCUGCUGGAAAAGAUCCGCAGGCUGAAGGAGGACCAGCAGAGUGUGGACAUCACCUCAGAGUGGUGGAGUGAUGAAGUGCGGAUGAAGAAGUGUAAGAAGAGAAGUCACCUAAGCAACCUGGAGAGGAAGAAAAAGCCAGCACUCGUAUCAGGGCCCUACAUAGUGUACAUGCUGAGAGACAUUGACAUACUUGAAGACUGGACAGCCAUCAAGAAGGCUAAAGCAGCACUAAUCCCCCUGAAGAAGAAGUCAGACAGUCGUCAGUUGUCAGUGCGCUGUGAAGGAGGCACUCUGUUUUAUGAGGGAGAGAGAUUCUCAAAGGGCAACACUGUUCUAUUGGAAGUCAAUGAUGAAAGCCCUGCACAGGCAGUAAUAACAGCAGUCAGUGCAGGUGAAGUGUGCUUCAAAAGGACAGAUGGUAGCAAAACCAAAAUCUACAUUUCACAGCUACAGAAAGGCAAAUACACAAUACGGAGAGCCUAGAGUACACACACACACACACACACACACACACACACACACACACACACACACACACACACACACACACACACACAAAAUGCAGGUGUGCAUAUGGAUAACAAGCAUUAAUAUCUUUCCAGUUUUAUUUCUCUGACCUAAUAGACAUUAAAGGGAAUAGAAAAGUUGCAAACUAAUGAUUUAGAAUAAGUCAAUUGUCACAAAAUAGUAAAGAGAAACGGUUACAGGGGAAAAAAGAGAUUAAUCUCCGAUGAAUAUUAGAAUGAAGUCUAUUAUAACUCCUGAUGAUUUACCUUUUGGGCUUUGACCCAUGUACAGUAUGUUAACACUAUUGUAACAUCUGUACAACCUGCUGAGUGCUUCUGCAGCAAUAUAGUGCUUGGUAAUUCCAGACAUAGACAGACAGCUAGUCAUCAGAGCUUCAUCAAUAAACACAAUAUGGCACUGGAAGGAGUGCUUCUCUAACACACAGCCUUUCCACUGAGCAGACAGCAUAACGGCAGCUUCUGUUCACAAGCACACACAGAGCGUAUGGCCCAGCAACGGAAACUGCUGAAUCACUGUUCCCCAACUACACACACACACACACACACACACACAACUCUAUACCACUACACACAGCUACACACCAAGACUGUAGACCAAAUAGGGAUUAUAUUGAUGCUUAUAGCCCAAUAUAUGUAUCUAUGCCCUUACCAUAUCCCAGUCCAACAAACUGGAUUAGCUAAAGCCAAAAGCAGAACAGUUCCCACACCAUGCACGUAAGGUGGUUAACUCAAUGCUCCUAUAAAGAGGUACACUAAAGAUUUUGCAAAAUCCUCAAUGACUGCAUUCCCACAUUAUCAUCUACACAAGUAAAUCCGCAGUCACACUGGACACUUGAACUUGUGAAAUUGGUGUGACUGAGGUAGGCUUGGAAGAAUAGUAACGUUACGCAUAGUGCAACUUUGAAGAAUGUGUCUCCACCUUUCUACAGGGUAAUAAAACAAGUCCUUUACCAUCCAGGGUUAUUCCCACCUCAUUUUGCUGUUAUAGGCCCUGAAUAUAAUAAGCCUAACCAGGAUAAACCAUUGGAUGAAAAUGGCAUAAAUGAAGAAAUAAAGUCCUACAUAUACACAAAUCUUUGUGCUUGCAUAAGUUAGUUGCUAGCAAGCUGGCUAACUAGCCAAUCAUCGAUCAGAACACAAACAGAAAAUCCUUAUAUCAUCAGUUCCAGCCUCCAGACAUCAUGUGUACUAUGCAUACUUUAUAGUCAGGUCUAGAAGCCCAAUCUCAUGCCUUCCCACUGUUAAAAUGAGCUCUCGUUUUCAUUUUUAUUUAUUUAUUAUUUUAAAAAAAAUGAGUCCUUCUGCAGUGCUAUGCAAUGUUCUUCUGCCUCUAAUUUGAUUUCACUUUAUUUAACAGUUCACAAAAGUUGAAUUUGACACAAAGUGUAAGCAACUAAAUUUUAUUCACUUUAGAAAGUGUUGACCUCAACAAAUUCCACUGAAUUGAAAUGAAUGUAAUUCGAUGGGUGUUCAUGUAAUUCACUGUGACAGGUCUUAUUGCACACCAUGGCGCUGUUCCCCUGUUCCUAUAACGACCCCGGGUUUGCAGAACAAUAAGGCAGGGUUCAAAAUGCCCCUUUAAUUACAGUUACACUUCAGAAGGAGGAGUAGAUUUGUGGUGGUAGAGAUUUUUGAGCUCAUUUUGAUAAGCCUUAUGUGCAGAGUAUUUAUAUGUUUGUAAGCUGAUUUGGAAACUAAAGGUGCUUAUAAAACUUAUUUAAAAGUGUUUAAUAUAAUCAUGUAUUUAUAACAAAAUAAGUUUAAUAAAAUCUGGUCUUUUAUUAAGCA